CACAACAAGCGCAGCAGGAAGACACAAAUGUGAUGUUUGACAGAUGCGUUCUCGGAAAUCUUCUCAUUGUAAAUGAUUUAGCCAAUUUAAUCGUGUUCACACCUUCAGAAAUGUAGUUCUGUGUUUUAUGGACAACGAUGGCGGAAGAUGUGGUCUUCUUUUCUGUGCUGAAGCUGGCCGGAAAGCCUUUCGAUGUGACACUUUCGAGACGGACCAUCUCAUGGGUAGCCAGUGCGUCGCCAUCCACGGGCAGCUCGGGCGUCGGCGGUGUUUCCCAGGCAUGCCAGGUGGAGUCCCGAGCUGGUAGCACAGCAGUGAGGCAGGGGACCAGUAUGAUGCUGCCUUACAUUUAUCAUUUUACAAAUGAAACAACAGGAACCAGUGAAACAGCAGAGGUACACCACUACCACUUUGUGAAGCUCAGUGAGGUCAUCACGGCUGUCGUAGACAGUGAGAAUGCCGAGGACAAAAGCAUUGGCUCCACGAAACCCAGGAAACUAAACAACCAGGAUGACUUGACAUUUACAGUGCACUGUGUUCGGAGGAACAACCAGGGCAAGUGGCGACUGCGAGAGCUGACCUUUGAGUGUGCUGACCAGGACACCUGCCGGCAGUGGGUGACCCAGAUCAAGGAGAGAAUCACCAAGCAAGGCACCGUCAGACCACAGAACCUGCUGGUAUUCAUCAAUCCCUAUGGUGGUAGGAAGGAAGCAGCCAGCAUCUAUGACUCGCACACUGCGCCCCUGUUUCACCUAGCUGGCAUCACAACAACCCUCAUUUAUACUGAAGCCAAGAACCACGCCCGUGAUGUGAUGUUGAAAAUGGACCUGAGUGAAUUUGAUGGCGUUGUCUGCGUUGGAGGGGAUGGAACCUUUGCUGAGGUGGUGAAUGGUCUGCUUGUCCGAACUCAGCAAGAGGACGGCAUUGAUUACAGUGACCCUGAAGCGACUCCUCGGUGUCCCCAGAUGAAAAUUGGGGUCAUCCCCGCGGGUUCAACUGAUGUAAUAGUUUGUGACACCACAGGCGUCAAUGAUCCCUUGACGUCAAGCUUGCAAAUUGUACUUGGUUGCACCCUAGGCCUUGACAUUUGCUCGGUGCACAGCGGUCAUCAGUUGCUCCGCUACACCGUUUCCUUUAUGGGUUAUGGUUUCUUCGGGGAUGUCCUGAAGGACAGCGAGAACCACCGCUGGAUGGGGCCUCGCCGAUACGACUUUGCAGGUUUUAAGAAGUACUUUGGGAACAAGUCCUACGCAGGCGAGGUGACAUUCCUGACCAGUGGUGAUGAGGACCAUCAUCCUCAGGAUAAGACCAAGUGCAGGGUUGGGUGUGCAGUCUGUCUUCGGCGAUCUGAUUCUCAAACCAGCGAUGUGUUUGACUGUACGCAUAGCAACAUGGCUGGGCUAGACUUACAAGAGGAUAACCAAUCCCUAGGUAUAUCAGUCCAGGAAAGCAAAGGGAGUUGGAAGAAGGUGACAGGCAGUUUCUGUGCCGUCAACGCAGCCCUGGUGAGUGGCUGCAACCGACUGUCACCCAAUGGCAUAGCGCCCUCAUCGCACCUUGGCAAUGGCUGCCUGGACUUGCUCCUGGUCCACAAGUGCUCGCGGUUCAACUUUCUCCGCCACCUCAUUCGACUCGGAAACUCAGGGAAUCAUUUCAACUUUGACUUUGUGGAAGUGCAUCGAAUCAAGGAAUUCACAUUCAAAGCCUUGACAAACCAGGAUCUGAAAUCAAUCGACCAGGCCAAAGAAUCCACUUCAAAUACAUCUUUAGUCAAGCAGCCGCAGGUGAGGUACCAGACGACAAGGGACAGUAACACCAGCACAUGGAACAUGGACGGGGAAGUCUGCGAUAUACCCGACAUCAGUGUGCACGUUCACUGCCAGCUGAUCAAGAUUUUCGCCUACGGCAAAGAAGACGUGAAAUCCUUGAACGCCUCCUGCUGUGUGUCGCGCAACAGGACCAAGAACAAGUCAGCCUGGAGAUGAGAACAUGAUUACCUUGACACAGGUUGCCUAAAACAACUCAGACAAAUGAUUACAUACAAACAAAAACGCACUCCAGCUCACUUUCAAUGUCGUCACUCUUUGUGCUAGUAGUGCUUUCAAUGUGAUGGCAGCUUAUGUGCAGUACUUUUAAACUGAUAUUUUAUUGUAUUAACAUAUGUUGACUAAUUAAGCCUGUACUACAUUGAUUUCCACUUAGCUGUGUGAUGAUUGGAUGAAUCAACGUAGCAAGUGAUUUUGAAAUUUACUAUCCGUAACAUGCUGCAACCAAAUUAAGUAAAAUCUCAGUUGAUUCGCUAAAUUGAACGACUGGUUGAUUGUCAGUUUGCAAAAAGCCUGAUGGGAUGCCUGGCAUGUCAGCUUUAAAAUACCCAGGUUCUAAUUCCAUCCUGACAACCGACUAGUCCUAUUAUUGAGGGGCUGACUAAUGAUGUGUGCUCCGUGCAUGUACAAGAAUUUUGUUUACCUAGCUGCAACUUCCUUGUUGGCCGACACGACUGGCAGACAUGUUCACAUGGCAUGGUUGACUUCUAUGUUCAGUUCCUUAUUUAAUAAUACAUGUACAUGGACCAGGGAAUUGGGUAGACUGUUCCCGGCCCCUCUGUUGUCAUUCUGAUUCUUAAUACUCCCACAGGCAGGAACCAGCCCAACCUUUUUUCUUGCUUGCUGGUCGAGGGUGCUUACUCAUGUAAUUGGAACCCCUCUACCUCGGAGAAGUCGGGUGUUCCAGAGAGCAACCAGGGAGCUACUGUUUUCCCAAAAAUAUGUUAGGUGUGGAGAAAAUAAAUUUAUGCAUUUGUUUUGUUGCAGGUCACAUGCAUUUGUAGGAUAGGACCAUUUGACAGAACUUUCGGAGUUUAUUCUUGAAGGGUCACAUAUUUCAGAUUGAAUAUAUAUUUAUUUGUACUUUGAGGAUUGAGUGUGGUUCCAGUAUUUAUGUAGUCACAGUUGAUAUAGGGAUGAGGUUUAUCUGUAAAUUUGGCGAGUGAAAAAGCAUUUCAGGAAGUCAGUUAAUUUUAAUUUAUGUUUUGAAAGGGAUCGUGUGCAUAUAAAUUAAGAAUUGUAAAUGUGAUUCAAGGUAGAUGCACUAAAAACUCUGGAAAUAUAAUGUACUUUGAAAUGUUUUACGAGAAAUAGAUUUUAUUGAUAUGUUGAUAUAUUCCAAAGCAACAUGAUUUUAUUAACACAACAAAAUCAGUGUCAGAGGUGACCUUAAGGUUUCUUUACUUUUAAGCUUUUGAGAAGUACAUCAAGGUUUUUAACUUCUAAUUGUAAACUGUACUUAUGCAUUAUCUCAGUAUCACCUUUCAUGAAAACGUUCAUUAUCUAAUUAUGCCAAAAAUUAUUCAAAGAGAAAUAUGUAUACAUGUAGUUAAAUCUUAAACCAACAUAGGGCCAACAUAAGCUCAACAAUGAACACAGAACAAAAAGUGGCCAAAACUUGGCUAAUAUGUGCAGAACCUUAGGAAUAUGCCGUGAACGAAGUUACAGUAAAUAUGUGUGGUCAAAUGUAGAUUUGCCAAGUACUAUUCACACAGUACCCGUAUUUUCUAACCAAAAAAAAUGCAUGUGGAGCGUAGCGUCUGUAGUCAUGGAGAAUUGUGGAAAAGUUUUUAUUCUCGUGUGUGGUUCGCUACUGAGAAUGCCAUUAAUCACUCUAACAUUUGAUCUGAAAGUAAUGGAAGUAUCUGCUACAGUUGCACUGCGCAGAUCGCAAUUUCUUCCAAACUGAAAUUACUAAAGUUUAUCUCAAGUAUUUUAUUAGUAAUCAAAAAUUUUAUUGUGUCAGUGUUGCUGUGAUAUAUAUGUUUUUAACCUUGGUUACAAAAUGGUACAUUGGAUUCAUUGUAACCAACCUGCCCACAUUGGGUCUCAGUUUUGCAUUGCCUGCAAAUCAGGUACAACAAAAGGCCAAAGCAGCCUGUCUUUUAUUUGCCAGAACUGAGUUGUUGGUGAAACAAAAAAAAAAUAGGUCACAAAAGUAAAGAUUGUUUUUCCGAGCUCUUGAAGUACAUGUGUCUUUAACAAAAGGUUCACUGUGUAUAUUCUCCAUAAUUCAUGCAAAUCUACUUGAAACACCGUCACAACGAAAGCUGCAUGAGUUGCCAAAAGAUUACGAAGUGUGCUUUAAUAGCUACAUGAAGCUUGACAGGGAUUUAAUUAAAUCACUUAGUACCUUGAGAAUGUUUGGCAUCUUGAUAGACGCUGAAAAAGAAUUAUACACAACCAACAUGCCUGCAUCUUUAAUUCCAUUGGUAAUGCUGGCUGUAGGUAUGCAAUUGCUUGACCAUGCUUUGGCUUCGCACCUGCAGUGUCUCUGUGCUCAUAUUUUUUAUUCACAGCGGUUGUGGAAUGGAUUUGGUAUGGAUUAAACCACACUUUAAAAGAA